UCCGUCUGCCUGUCCCUCUCCAUCUGUCUGUCCAUGCGUGUGUCCAUAUCCAGCAGCAGCCAACUGCAGCAGCAACUCCAGCAGCUGCGGUUUUUGCUAGAGCCGGGAAGAAAUUUAAAGAUGCUUCGAUUUCCACCGUGGAACGAAUUCUGAGAGCUCGGGGAGCUGCGCAGCGCGCCACCGCCACCCACCUGUCCGGCUCGGGAGCCCCGCAGGCUGGAGCCCGGCGGCUGGAGAGCUGCGGCGCCCGGCGGCGAGGCGGGCGCUGCCGGCCGGGACUCGGGCAGCGCCCACCAACCACUCCGCCCCGGGACCGCCAGCAUGAGCAAGCCGGCCGGAUCAACAAGCCGCAUUUUAGACAUCCCCUGCAAAGUGUGCGGCGACCGCAGUUCGGGCAAGCACUACGGCGUCUACGCCUGCGACGGCUGCUCGGGGUUUUUCAAAAGGAGUAUCCGAAGGAACAGGACGUAUGUCUGCAAAUCUGGAAAUCAGGGAGGCUGCCCGGUGGACAAGACACACAGAAACCAGUGCAGGGCGUGUCGCCUGAAGAAGUGUUUGGAAGUCAACAUGAACAAAGAUGCCGUGCAGCAUGAGCGCGGGCCCCGGACGUCCACCAUCCGCAAGCAAGUGGCCCUCUACUUUCGCGGGCACAAAGAGGAGAACGGGGCGGCCGCGCACUUCCCCUCGGCCGCGCUGCCGGCGCCUGCCUUCUUCACCGCCGUCACCCAGCUCGAGCCCCACGGCCUGGAGCUGGCCGCGGUGGCCGCCACGCCGGAGCGACAAACCCUCGUGAGCCUGGCUCAGCCCACGCCCAAGUACCCCCAUGAAGUGAACGGAACCCCGAUGUAUCUUUACGAAGUGGCCACCGAGUCUGUGUGUGAGUCGGCGGCCCGGCUGCUCUUCAUGAGCAUCAAGUGGGCCAAGAGCGUGCCCGCCUUCUCCACGUUGUCUCUGCAAGACCAGCUGAUGCUUUUGGAAGAUGCUUGGAGAGAACUGUUUGUUCUAGGAAUAGCACAAUGGGCCAUCCCGGUGGAUGCUAACACUCUACUGGCUGUAUCUGGCAUGAAUGGUGACAAUACAGAUUCCCAGAAGCUGAAUAAGAUCAUAUCUGAAAUACAGGCUCUGCAAGAGGUGGUAGCUCGGUUUAGACAACUCCGGUUAGAUGCUACUGAAUUUGCCUGUCUGAAAUGCAUCGUCACUUUCAAGGCUGUUCCCACACACAGCGGCUCUGAACUGAGAAGUUUCCGGAAUGCUGCCGCCAUCGCAGCUCUUCAAGACGAGGCUCAGCUAACUCUCAACAGCUACAUCCAUACCAGGUACCCCACUCAACCUUGUCGCUUUGGAAAACUACUGCUGCUCUUGCCGGCUCUACGUUCCAUUAGCCCAUCAACCAUAGAAGAGGUGUUUUUCAAAAAAACCAUCGGCAACGUGCCGAUUACAAGACUGCUGUCAGACAUGUACAAGUCCAGUGAUAUCUAAGCUCCCGCUUGGCAGUCUGAGGAGUGCAUCAGAUGGACUUGUACCCGUGGAGAGCAAGCC